GAGUCAGACCGUUGAGAACGUUCGUGCGUUUCGCAUUUCAAAAAGAAAACCUCAAACAGUUUUUAGUUAACAUUUCAGACCGGUAUCUUAAGAAAAUAAUAAGUGUAAAAGAAAAUCAUGAACGAUUCGGAAUUAAAUUCGGUUUUAACUCGACGACAAGAGAUCAAUGAGGCACUCGAUAACGGGGAUCAAGUCAAAUUAAAAUACAGGGUGGUUAAUGUCUACUCUGAAUUUUCGGAAUUUACCAGGAAAGAAAUUAAACAGUACGAAGGAACGUUUCAAAAAUUUAAUACGAACAAGGAUAACUACUUAUGUUUGGAACAACUAAAGAGAAUGAUGGAGAUACUGGGUGCGCCACAAACGCACCUGGGACUCAAACAAAUGAUAAACGAAGUGGACGAGGACGAGGAUGGACGUUUAUCCUUCAGGGAAUUCUUGUUGGUCUUUCGUAAAGCACGCGCCGGUCAACUCGCCGAGGAUUCCGGGCUGGCCGCUUUGGCCAAAUACACAGAGGUUGAUGUGAACAAGGUCGGGGUGAACGGCGCGAAAGAAUUUUUCGAAGCUAAAAUCGAAGAUUUAAAGAAACUAAGCAAAUUUGAGGAAGAAAUUCGACAGGAACAAGAAGAUAGGAAAAGAGGCGAGGAAGAAAAAGCAGUAAGACGACAAGAAUUUCUAGAACGAAUGGCUAUUUUUGGAAAAUAAGCAUCUUAUUUGUUAUUUUACGAUUAACUUUACCAAAUGAAUUUAUUAUUAAAUAAUAGUUACA